AUGUCCUCCGAUACCAAUCUCUACUUCUAUAAUGCCUCCUUACCGGCCGCCGCUGUCUUCGCCAUCCUCAAUGCCAUCCCGACCUCUUUCUUGUUCUACACCACGGUCAUCGGUCCAAAGACUGGCAAAUACCGCAAUACCUCGUUCUUCAUCCCUAUAUGCAUAGGCGGCUUCAUGGAAGUUCUGGCAUACAUCGUGCGCUGUGUCAGCAUUAAGAUGAAUACGGUUAUCGCCUUGUAUGCAGGAUCGAGCUCCCUCAUCGUCAUUGCGCCUGUCCUUGUAUGUGCAAGUCUGUACCUCCUCGUAGGAAGACUCAUCCGAGCAGGUCUCCCUUCAUCUGAAAAGCAACAGCGCAUUCUGGGAAUCAAUCCAUGGUGGCUACCACGUAUCUUCGUCACGUCGGAUAUUCUGAGUUUCUUGACACAAGCGUCUGGGAGCGGGAUUGCUGCGUCCGGGAAUUGGGAGGGAAGCACUAAAACAACCGGCGAAAAUGUCUUGAAGGGUGGAUUGGCUUUGCAAUUGAUUACAUUCUCGUUGUUCCUGGCGUUGGUGGCCCGAUUUCAUAGCCGUGCGAAUGCUGUGUCCAAGAAUGGAAUCGACAGCGGUCUAUUCAAAGUGUUGCUGGGAAUCUAUAUCUCCGGUUUUUUCAUUGAAGUGAGAUUCUAUCCUUACGCCACUUAG